AUGCUCGACCUCACUGCCAUAACCACGGCUAACCCCGUUCACGGUUUCCUGACCAACUACGGGAAAUGGAUUCUCGGCCUGCUGAUGGCAUACACUCUGUCUCUGUGGUGGCUGCAACCAGCGAGCACGAUCCCGUUCUUUCAUGAUCGGAGACCCGGGGAGCUAUCUUUCAUGAAUGCGAAGAUCCGAUUUCUGACAUCUGGCGCGGAGGCGUUGAAGAAAUGUCAGGCCAAGGCAAAGAUGUUCCAUAUUAUGACCGAGCGUGGAAAGCGUCUAGUUCUUCCUGGUGAAUAUGCGGAUGAGUUGAGGAACGAUCCGCGAUUCAGCCACAUUAAGUCGCUGGAAGUGGAUUGGUGUACCAAAUUGCCUGGGUUUCAGCCAUUUUCGAACGGAUCAACUCACGGCAAGCUGGUUCAUGAUCUGGUCUUGCGACUAACUAGAGCCCUACCACAGCUGACCUCGACGAUACGGGAGGAGACUGCACUGGCUAUUCAAAAGCAUUGGACGGAUGACGAGGAAUGGCACGAUAUCUCCCUGAAUGCCACCAUGGUCCAGAUUAUUGCCCAGAUCUCUGCUCGCAUCUUUCUAGGGACAGGUAUCUGCCGUGACCAACGCUGGAUCGACACCGCGAUUGGUUACGUCGAGCAUUCCUUCUAUGCUAUCCAGGCACUGCAGGCGUGGCCCCGCUGGUGCCACCGGAUCGUACACUGGGUAUUGCCGGAAUGUCGUGGACAACGCGCAUAUUUCACUCGGGCAAGCAAACUGCUGAUGCCAGUCAUCCUAAAGCGCCGCCAGGCCAGGGCUGCCUCCGUGGCAUCCGGUCGGCCCAAGAUGGACGACUUUCUGCUUCUCGACUACGUGGAGGAAAUGGCGGCGGGCCCCAAUUACGACCCCGUGGUGUCCCAGCUGGGCUUAUCGUUUGCCGCCAUCCAUACAACGAGUGAUCUUGUAGGAAAGGUGCUGGUCGACCUCUGCCGCCACCCCGAACUGGUUGCGCCGUUGCGCGAGGAAGUCAUCUCCGUGACCCGCGAGUAUGGCUGGCAGAAGACGAGUUUCCAUAAACUUAAGCUGAUGGAUAGUGUCAUGAAAGAGACUCAGCGGUUGGCGCCGAACAUGAUCAUUACCAUGCGCCGCGUCGCAACGGAGGAUGUAACGUUGAAAGAUGGCACUCAUAUCCCUCGUGGCACCCCGGUGGCUAUAUCGUCAUCCCACAUGUGGGAGGAUAGUGAGGUGUAUGAGAAUCCAGAUCAGUACAACGGGUACCGAUUUGUGCAAUGGCGCGACACGCCAGGGAAAGAGAGCAAAGCCUACUUGGUGACCACCAGUCAGGAUCAUGUGGGAUUCGGCCAUGGCAGUCAUGCCUGUCCUGGUCGUUUCUUUGCUGUGAAUGAGUCCAAGGUGGUUCUGUCUCAUCUGCUGUUAAAGUAUGACUGGCGCUUACAAGACCCGGAUCAACCUGGGUUCCAGAUCAUCGGACUGUUCUCGCACGUCAACCCUAUGUUGAAACUUCAGGUUCGGAGUCGGAAAGAGAAAAUUCCUCUUUGA